CUGCCAGGCCGAGCGAGGGCGGGACUUGGGGCGGCGGGGGCGCGGCGCGGCGGAUCCGAGGCCUCGGCGGCGGCGGCUGCGGCGCGACGCGACUGUGCGUGCGGGAGGGACCUCGGCAUGGCUCGCCUGGUGCUCGGUGUGGUGAGCUGUACCUUCUUUUUAGCAGUGAAUGGUCUGUAUUCCUCCAGUGAUGAUGUGAUUGAAUUAACACCAUCAAAUUUCAACAGGGAAGUCAUUCAGAGUGAUGGUUUGUGGCUUGUAGAAUUCUAUGCUCCAUGGUGUGGACACUGCCAAAGGUUAACACCAGAAUGGAAGAAAGUUGCAACUGCAUUGAAAGAUGUUGUGAAAGUUGGUGCCGUUGAUGCAGAUAAACAUCAGUCACUUGGAGGUCAAUAUGGCGUUCAGGGAUUUCCUACCAUCAAGAUUUUUGGGGCCAACAAAAACAGGCCAGAAGAUUACCAAGGUGGCAGGACGAGCGAGGCCAUCGUGGAUGCUGCGCUGUCCACCCUGCGCCAGCUCGUCAAGGAUCGCCUUGGCGGCAGGAGCGGUGGGAGACAAGGUAGGAGUGAAAGCUCAAGUAAGAAAGACGUGAUUGAGCUGACAGACGACAGUUUUGAUAAGAAUGUCCUUGACAGUGAAGAUGUUUGGAUGGUUGAGUUCUAUGCGCCCUGGUGUGGACACUGCAAAAACCUGGAGCCUGAGUGGGCUGCAGCCGCCUCCGAGGUGAAAGAGCAGACAAAAGGAAAAGUGAAGCUUGCUGCCGUGGAUGCUACAGCCAAUCAGGUUCUGACCUCCCGAUAUGGGAUUAGGGGAUUUCCUACAAUCAAGAUAUUUCAGAAAGGCGAGUCUCCUGUGGAUUAUGAUGGAGGACGGACCAGAUCCGAUAUCGUGUCUCGGGCCCUGGAUUUGUUCUCUGAUAACGCCCCUCCUCCUGAGCUGCUUGAGAUCAUCAAUGAGGACAUUGCCAAGAAGACGUGUGAGGACCACCAGCUGUGUGUUGUGGCGGUGCUGCCCCAUAUUCUCGACACGGGAGCUGUAGGCAGAAAUUCUUAUUUGGAUGUUCUUAUGAAGUUGGCAGACAAAUACAAAAAGAAAAUGUGGGGGUGGCUCUGGACAGAAGCUGGAGCCCAGACUGAUCUCGAGAACGCGCUGGGCAUUGGAGGAUUUGGAUACCCCGCCAUGGCAGCCAUUAAUGCACGCAAGAUGAAAUUUGCUCUUCUUAAAGGAUCUUUCAGUGAGCAGGGCAUUAAUGAGUUCCUCAGGGAGCUCUCUUUCGGCCGUGGAUCAACAGCGCCUGUCGGAGGCGGGGCUUUCCCCUCCAUCAGCACCAAAGAGCCUUGGGACGGCAAGGAUGGCGAGCUUCCCGUGGAAGACGACAUCGACCUCAGCGACGUGGAGCUGGACGACUUGGGGAAGGACGAGUUGUGAGACACUCAGCGCAGACUUCAGUUUUCUUUUCUUGGGAGCGUAAUUUUUCAGCAGUGAAGGAACAUUCUUAAAAUGAGAUGGAUCUACCAGUGGCCUUUUUAACUGAAAAGUAGCGUGCUUGAUUGGUCAUUUGAAAACACUGCAACAGUGAACUUUUGCAUCUCAAGAAAACUUUGAAAAAUUCUAUGAAUUGUUGUAACCAGUGCAUUGGGUCAUAUUCUGUCACAUAAUAUUUUGAAGAAAACUGAUGGGCUGUUGAAACACUUUUCCCUCCCUCCCUCCCUCUGCUGCUUGGAUGUUUUGGAGGUUGUUUCUUAUGUGUUUUUUUUAAUGUGAUUCUUUCAUUUGAAUAUUAAUGGAUUUUUUCCAUUAAAGAAUAAAACAAUAUUUUGGACAAUGCCAAUUAAGUGUCCACAUCAUAACCUAGAGCUCAGUGUUUAGGCAGGAAGUUAGUAGUAGGAAGGGACUGUCCUGAUGUCUUCCCUCCCUGAGUUUGUGAUUCAAGCAUUGCCAUCAGGAAGCUCGUCACAGCACACAUGUGCCUGCGUGGCCACGUUCUCUCAAUGUGAUAUGAAAAACAAGUUGAUGCGUAUGGUGAUGAAAAAAGGACAGUUGUUGGUUAUUAGCAGCCUGAUAUCUUGUCUUUGGGCCAUCACUGGUGACUAAGAGGGAGUAUAGCUGGUUAUCCAGUUAGCACAAACCAGAUUUUGUGCUACCAGUAGUCUUCACGAAAUGCCCACUAAGAUGUAAACUAAAGCAGCAGAGUACUAAUUUCUGGCAGCCCCCAUUUAUGUAAAACACUCAGAAUGAAGCUUGGAAUUAUGUUAGAAGAUAAGCGAAGAGACAAUUCAAAGGAGUUAAGAGCCUUUUAUUGUAACUUAAAAAAAAAUAAAUACCAUACAACUGUAACUAA